AUGAACUUGACCAGUCAAACCGAAGACGUGACGGUGCCAUACAAAUUGCCCCCCUCCUCUGCGUCUAUGGCCGGUGGUCAUCAUCUGUCGUCAGAGACAUCAUCAGACAACUGCCGUGCUGUAUCGCCCUCCUCUUCUGUAUCGAUGCAGACCAAGAACAAGCAACAACUAACUUCACCAUCCUCAUCAUCAAUAAUAACCAACCAUAAUAACAAGCGCCCUUUUCAUGUACCAACCGAUGGCGCAUCACCUUCAGACUCACCUGUUACGUCACCUCGCAAUCCAUCACCCACACCCAACCAAUAUAACUCCCAACACCAUCAACAACAACAUAGUGCCCCUGAUCUUGGAGCGCAUCAGCAUCACCAACAACCAUUCAAAAAACAAAGAGACUCGCCAACCUCGGCUAUAACCCACGCCUCGAAAUCUCAUAAAGCAGCUUCACCAACACCAACAUCGUCUUCAUCAGCCUCCUCUGCACCACCAACAACAGCAACAACAGUUUAUGGAACGGCUCUUAGUAUGCUAGUAUCGACCGCUACCUCCUCUGACAAUACAACCACCCAUCACCACCAUCACCAUCAUAUAGCCUUGGAUGAAAUGUCGUCUCCUCCAACAGUGCACCACACGACCAUUUUACCACCGUUGGGCGGCACCACAAAGAGAGAGAUUGGCAGCGGUAGCAGCAGCGGUGGAUUGUCAUCUAAUCUCCUUGGACUAUUGGGUACAUCGGCCGAGUCAUCUGACAUUAUUGUAAAUAGUGGUUUCAUCACCAAAUCAUCAUCUUCCUCUUCCCCAAGAGUUGUCGAACAACAACACCAACAAAAGGGUCAGUCCCAAUUAUCUUUAUCAAAUAUUAUUUCUACCGCUACGGCUGCUGCUGCUGCUGCUGGCCAAGAUUGUGACAGUGCCAGUGAAACUAUAACUCUAAGUAAAUCAAAGGUUUUGGAGAUUGAAAAGGAAUUAAAUAGUCUCAAGAAACAAGUUGCUCAACAACAGCAACAACAACAACAACAACAUCAACAACAUCAACAUCAACAACUACACCAACAACACCCAAUGUAUUCAGCUCAAGGAAAUAAUAUUGUUUCCGUUCCACUCCUCAACUUGAACCAAGCUCAACAACAAUCCAUUAAUAAUAUUAAUAAUGGUAGUAAUAGUAAUAGUAAUACGCCAUCAUCGUCAUCGUCUGUGCCUCAUACUCCGACCACGUCGAGUCAGGUGUUGCCACUGUCCCCAACAUCUAGCCAGAUUAGAGACUUGGUGACCAAGGAAGCACUGCGUAUCAACGCAGGUCUCGUCGAUCAGAUCCGAAGCACCACACACAAGCUCGAAGAGUUUACAAAGUAUUUUGGCGAAUUCAAGAAUGCAGUUGACAAUCAUUUGUUGAUGCAAGAGGAACGAUACAGACAAAUCUACGCUAAAAUGGUCGAGUAUGACCGCAGCAUAUCCUACUGUACCAAUCAAUUACAACACCAUCAACAACAACAACAACAACAGGCUCAAGUACACCAAUUACAACAUCAACAACAACAACAACAACAACAGGCUCAAGCACAAGUACAUUACCAACAACAACAACAACAGGCAUCACAAUCUGUACAACAACAACAACAACAACAUCCACACCACCAUCAUCAUAAUCCAGCAGCUGUUCCACAAGGUGGUAAAUCACCAUCUAUGGUUGGAGGAGGAGUAGGAGGAGGAGAACAGUAUCCACCAAUUGUAUAUGGUAAAAUGACUCAGGGUGGAUAUCCUGGUGAAUCACAUCAUCCACAUGCCUAUUAUGAACCUUCUAUUACGCCAAGAGGGGGUAGUGGUAGUGGUAACAAGGAUGGUAGUCAUGAAACUCCCCGUGGAUACUAUUACCAUUCAUCUUCCUCAUCAUCUGCCGGUCACCCAUACUUUAAUCAAUAA